GAGCCCCGCCGUCCGUCCGUCCGUCCGUCCGUCCGUCCCUCUGUCCGUCCCCAGCCAUGAGGAGACUCGUCCUCCUGCUCUGCACCGCCCUGGCCUGCUGCACGGCGGCGGGGAGCGCCCCGCGGGUGGCGGAGGCUGCUCUGCUAAGAGAAGAUGCCACCCUCGCCGAGCUGCUGGAGGCCAGGCGGGAGCAUGUGCCGGCGGCGAAGGCGCAGGUGAAGUUCCAUCUCCGCUCCUCGCCCCGCGCCGAAGAGGACGGCUGCGCCCUCGCCGUCGGCCACCGCCAGCGGUUGGAGGACUGCAAGUUCAACGCCACGGCUAAAACCUUCUUCAUCAUCCACGGCUGGACGAUGAGUGGCAUGUUCGAAACCUGGCUGGGCAGCUUGGUCUCUGCUCUUCAGAAGAGGGAGAAGGAUGCCAACGUGGUCGUGGUGGAUUGGCUUUCGCUUGCCCACCAGCUCUAUACCGACGCUGUGAACAACACACAGAUUGUUGGAAAAAGCAUAGCGAGGCUGCUUGACUGGUUACAGGAGAACCCGCUCUUCCAGCUCGAGAAUGUCCACCUGAUCGGGUACAGCCUGGGCGCCCACGUUGCCGGCUUUGCUGGUAACCACGUCCGUGGGACAAUAGGCAGAAUUACAGGCUUGGAUCCAGCUGGCCCUAUGUUUGAAGGAGUGGACCCUAGCAAGCGCCUCUCCCCCGAUGAUGCUAACUUUGUGGAUGUCCUUCACACCUACACAAGGGAAACUCUAGGUGUUAGCAUUGGGAUCCAGAUGCCUGUAGGCCAUGUUGACAUCUACCCCAAUGGGGGAGACUUCCAGCCUGGCUGUGGUUUAGGUGAUGUCUUGGGAGCAAUUGCCUAUGGGACAAUUGGUGAAGUUGUUAAAUGUGAACACGAGCGGUCUGUGCACCUCUUCGUGGACUCCCUCGUGAACCAAGAUAAACAAAGCUUCGCAUUUCAAUGUACCGAUUCCAGUCGCUUCAAGAAGGGCAUCUGCCUCAGCUGCCGAAAGAACCGCUGCAGCGGCAUUGGCUACAAUGCCAGGAAGACACGAAACAAAAGAAACAGCAAGAUGUACUUAAAAACAAGAGCUGACAUGCCCUUUAAAGUCUACCACUUUCAGAUGAAAAUGCAUGUCUUCAGCUACAAGAGCUUGGGAGAGGCCGAUCCCACUUUCUCCGUCACCCUUCAUGGCACCAAUGGAGACUCUGAACCUCUCUCUUUAGAAAUGCUUGAUCAAAUUGGCCUAAACGCUACUAACACCUUCCUGGUCUAUACUGAAAAGGACAUGGGUGAACUUCUAAAAAUAAAGCUCACCUGGGAAGGAACAUCUCAGUCAUGGUACGAUCUAUGGAAAGAGCUGAAGAGCUACUGGUAUCGGCCUGUGAAAUCUUCCCAGGAACUGCAUAUCAGACGCAUACGUGUGAAAUCUGGGGAAACGCAACAGAGGUUUGCUUUUUGUGUGGAGGAUUCCCAGCUAACCAAUAUAUCUCCUGGUAAAGAGCUCUGGUUUGUGAAGUGCACAGGGGAGUGGCAAAAAAGAUCUGUCUCAGAUUUGCUCUGAAGACUUCUCUAAAGACUCACAACUGAGCAACCUAGAUGCACAAAGACCACACAGGCGGCAAGAUGCUCUGGCAAAAAUCCUGCUUGGUAGCACUUAAAGCAAGCAGCUCUUCAGGACAAAACAUCUUGGAUCAGAUGCAAGAAACUGAGGAGGAAUUGAUGGACUGCGGUCCUAGACCUAGAGUUACUAAAACUACAUUCUCCCUUCCCCAAGGAGCCUGGUUUGUGCAUUUAACCUUACCUUGACCCGUUCCACGCUGAAUUUCCUGCCCUGCUCCCGUUUACCAGGACCAUGGAUGAGAUCUUCACAGAUCUAGACCUCAGCAAUGAUCUUCUGGUCUGCCUGCCAGGGGAGUUGAGAAGAUAACCACGCUAACUGCCCAUCAGACUGUUGGUGACAGAGCUGCCAAGAAUAAAUUAGCAUCUAGCGUAGGAGUUUCCCUGGCUCCAGUAGCACUAUGGACUGGGGGAAGAUGAG